GAUUCUGCUGGGCAUUCGUCCGCCGAUUUCCCGGAGCUUUCGAGGUGGAUUUGUCAUGCGGUUGAACUGGUAAGACGGGAAUAAACUGCGGGAAUAAACAUCACGGUGUUGGUAGUGUCGGCGGACGAACCCGGCAGCCCUGCAAAUUGGCGGAAUCCAAGGGAACAAGAAGAUAUAUAAGAGACCAAAUAGAUGAAGCUCAAAGAAUGGUUUCAAAGUGAGAGUUUAAUCUAGGGUUGAAGUACCGGAUACAUCGAUUUCAUUAUGGUUAAAAUCGCAAUUGCAGGAGGAGCCGGCAACGUCGGCCAAGAGGUACUAGAUGCUCUCAUUGCUAGAAACAAGCAUGUGAUAAUUAUUCUGUCACGAAAGGAUGCGCCAGAAACAGAAAUCGCCCCUGGAGUGAAGUGGUUCAAGACGAAAUACGACAAUGUUGAAGAACUUACUAAGAUCCUAAAUGGCGUACAUACAGUUCUAUCUUUCAUGUCUGUCGCGCCUGGUGAUACAGCUGCUGGGCCACAGGAGAAGUUGAUCGAUGCCGCAGUCCGCGCAGGUGUGAAGCGCUUUGCGCCCAGUGAAUGGGCUUCGUCUAAACUGGAUUAUUUUCACUGGUAUGACUUCAAGAGGUCAGCGCGUGAGUACCUCGCGGAGAUUAACAAGGACAAAAAGGUCAUUGAAUACACACUCUUCCAGUUUGGACUCUUCACCAACUACAUGACCUACCCAUAUAAAUCAUCCAAGCACGUCAACCUUUUCGAAACGCCGGUCAACUUCAAUGGCUGCCGAGCCCUUCUUGUUGACGACGGAAAAGCAGUAAUAACACUUACAACUGCCCAAGACGCAGCCAAAGUAACUGCUCUAGCUAUUGAAUACGAAGGAGAGUGGCCGAUUGUCAGUGGUGUGAAAGGUACAGACAUUACGAUGAAUGAACUUGUUGCUCUUGGCGAGAAGAUCAGAGGUCAAAAGUUCCAAGUCGAGUACUUGAAGAGUGAUGAUCUCGAGGCUGGUGUUGUCAAAGCUUCGUGGCUUCCAAUUCCUGAACACCCAUCAAUUCCAGUUGAGAUGCGCGAAAAGAUUGCUGCCGACAUGAUCAAAUGCUUCCUUCUUGGGAUUAAGCAUGGGGCUCUGCAAGUCUCUGAUGAGUGGAAUAAACUUCUGCCAGACUAUGAGUUUACUCAGCCUGAAGAGUUUCUUACUAAGGCAUGGGCUGCCAUUGACGGCGGAGCUAAGAGUGUCUUCACGGAAAGUUGAAAGCUCUAGUAAAACGAUAGAAGUAACAUGUUUAGUGGUAUCAGAAGUUCAAGAAUAUAUACAUGAGAAAUAUGCAA